AUGCGGAGAUCCUCCAUGAACCUGAAAUGCCUGCAGAAACCGGCAUCGGAAUGGUCGGAGAAGCACUUGCGAUCCUUACAUGUGACACGCAGAGAUGGCACGCCGCUGGAGGACUUUGAUUUUGCGAGGUACAUGCCGGAGGAUGGCGACCACGGUAUGAUUGCCCCGUCUCAGUGCAAGGACCGCUUAGCAACUGAGCUAAAAGUCGGCACGAGGGACAGUGGGCACCAUCUAGCUCGGAAUGAUGGGUGUGUGGUGCUUCGAGGCAGGGAUGGGAUUGAGGCUGUCCCCAUCAUCAGUUUCGAGGCAAAAAAAAGGGAUCUAGGGAACCGAGUCCAUUACCCUGAGCACAGCCAAGAGCCCUACCGGGCAGAUAUUUUCGGACAGGAGGUGGCGUUGUUAUAUGGCCAGGCAUGCGCCUGCAGCGUGGACGGGACGGGGGACGUGGUGACGGGCCAUACAGGAUGGCUGAUAACCAUGCACGGUACACGCCUUCGGCUGCUGCAGGGAGACUUCAGCCGAGCGUACCUGUGCGGGGUCCGCAGCAAGACUCUGGCACGCACUCAACUCCUGGUGGUUAAGAGAUCCGACGAGUUCAAUGUCAAGUACCCAGACAGACGGGUGGAGGCCUUGAAGGCGGUGAUGGGCCUGUUGAGGUUCAUCAAGUUGGGGACGUACCGGAAUGCGUACCUCGAAAGGCUUGGAGCUCGUUGA